UGAAGAGUGGUAUAUAAAUCUAAUUUUAUAAAUCUUACACAUUGUUAUAGGAAUUCUAAUAAUAAUAAUAAUAAUAAUAAUAAUAAUAAUACAUUUUUAUUUGUAUCCUGCCCUCCCUGGCCAAAGCCGAGCCCAGAGCGUCUAACAACAGGUAAAAAUAGCAUAGUGUACAUAAAACCACACAGUCAAUUAAUUAAAAUACAUUCUAGAAUCAAUUCAGAAUCAAAUUAAUGGGAGCCACCGGGUUAGAGUUCUAUGAAUGUUACAGAAGGAGAGAGAGCAUCAGACUGUGCCCUGGCCAAAGGCCUGGCAGAACAGCACCGUCUUGCAGGCCCUGCGGAAAGAUGUCAAGUCCUGCAGUGCCCUAGUCUCUUGUGACAGAGCAUUCCACCAGAUCAGGGCCACAGCUGCAAAAGCUCUGCUUCUGGUUGAGGCCAAUCUAACCUCCCUGUGGCCUGGGAUCUCCAAGAUGUUUUAUUUGAAGUCUGUAAGGUCCUCUGUGGGACAUACCAGGAGAGGAAGUCCUGUAGAUACGAGGGUUCUAGGCCAUAUAGGGCUUCAAAGGUUAAAACCAGCACCUUAAACUUGAUCCUGUAUAUUUGCUUCUCAAUAUUCUCUGGCUGGCCUCUGUUAUUUUUUCCCACCGAUAGAAAACCUACAUAAGGACUGUAUACGGACUCUUGGAUACCCCAUAAGGGGAAAAGGAACAGUAAGGAGCAGUUUUUUCUUACAACACACAUCGUUCAGCAAAAUGUCUUAGGGAGACCCUGGUAUGCUAUGUAAGCAGCAACAUUCUCUUUAUCUAGUGUUUAUCUAGUUCCAACUCCUGGCGUUAGGGUGGAGGCCCUGCUGCUCUUUCUGAUGCCUCUUUUUUUCAUCUUGCCACAUCCUUCACAAACGUUUUGUUUUGCUUUUUAAAACAAAAGCAGUCCUACAGUGCAGGGCCUUCUGUUGCGCCUCUUGAGGAGAAGGUGGCUCUUUGCCUCUCCCCUCCCUCCUUCUCCUCACCCUCACCCUGCUGGUGUUGCCCAUUCUUGGCUUCCCCGCCCCCAAUAAUUCGUUUCGUUUUAACUGUUGCUUUUGCGGCAGCAGAAAUAGACUCUCCUCUCCCCCUCCUUCCUGCCUCGCUCGUGAGAAAGGGACAAGGAGGACAUCCUUCCAUGGAGUGAGGCCUUCUGGGCGAGGUGGAGGAGAAAAGGGCCUGUGACACCACUGCUUGAAGCUCCAGUUUGUUAUAAGAAUUUAAGGUCUCAAAUAUAUAAAUUAAAUGUUUAUAAAAUUACAAGGCAAACACAAACAUAAGUAUAUAAACCACGUGUCUGAAAUAGUACAGGAGAGCAAUCCUGGAGCCAUUUUGACUCUCCCAAAUUGACCUCAAAUGUUUCUCUGCAAGGAGGAAGGAAAUGGGAAAGCCUCUCUCUUUAGGGUGUCUUUGUGUAUGAAUAGGGGGAGCCUGUGACUGGAUUCAAGGAAUUAAAGUAUUUACCAUCACAAAAGAAUGGCCGGGCUGCCCAAGUAAAGCAAUCAGAGACUAUUGUCAGGUAUCCUGGCAGACAGGAUUUCUGUUGUAGACUGCCUCCUUCUGUGAUAUAUGUAUGAUGUUUUUGGGGGUGGUCUUGAGCUAUAGGGUGGGCAAUUUCAAAACUCUAUAUAAGGGCUUGUGCACCAUUGUUCUGGAACCCUCCUCCCUCCUGCGUGUGGUUGUGAGCACCCUGUUGCAAGAGUUUAAUAGCGAUCAGGCUUACUAGCUGCUUUGCUUCUCAAUAUUCUCUGGUUGGCCUCUAUUAUUUUCUCCUACUGAUAGGGAACCCGCUUAAGGACUGUAUACGGGCUCUUAGAUACCCCAUAAGGGGAAAGGAGCAGGUUUUUUCUACAUCAGCUUGAAAUACGUUACAAAUCUAAAGUCUCUGGAAAUUUCAACUGUUAGCUUAUUUUCAGCAAGACUUUUAGCUGGUUCAGCUGGCAGGCAGGUGGCCCAGCAGCUAGGCAAGUAAAGAGGGCGUCAGUUUUGUUUUGUUUGGGGUUUUUUUUUAACAAUUUGCACCCCCUGCUCUUAUUCCCUGAGACAAUGGUCUCAUUCUAUCUCAUGACUGGCCCUGCGACAGUGUGCAAAACCCACAAAUAUCCACCAUUUCGGAGGUUAAAAUAGCAAGGAGCUUGUAGAAUCUCAGUUGUCAUGGAAAAGACCAGGCCAGGGAGCUCCUGCCAAAAGUUCCCGAAGAGACCACCAACUGCCUGAAGGAACUUUUUAUUAUUAUUAUUAUUAUUAUUAUUAUUAUUAUUGCUGGGUGAUGUUCAACUAAGUUUUACUCAGUGUACGUCUGGUUACAUGAUGUAACUUAGUCACGCUCACUAAUUUCAGUGGGUCCUCUGAGUGGAACUCGCUUGAAUAUCACCCGCCGUGAUUAUUUCUUUCGUCGCCACUGCGAGUAAUAGUAACAAGUCACCUUUUGUCACCUUCAUUUUUGUUUGGUUUCAGCAAGUUACAUUGCGAACUGCCUCAGAUAUCUAGGGGUAGAUAAAGUGUAAUUAUAAAUUGUGAAAAGAAAGAAAGAAAGAAAGAAAGAAGGCUGGCACAAGCGGUCUAAUGCUGGAGCUUCUCUUCUUAGUUGCUUCUGUGCUUUACAUAGUCUCCCCGCCCUUCCUUUCCUCAGCCCUCAGGGGAGCAUGGUGGGAACUUCAUGCUCCAGGGACCCCCUUUUCUGCCAAAGCAGCUAGUCAUCAAACUACCGCCCCUCUGGGGCUGCCUGUUGGGCCUCACUCUGCCUGGCUGCCCAGGGGGAUGGAUCGGUGUGCAAGUGGGGCUGGCUGCAGGGAGGCGAUGGAACCCGCUCUGCGUUAUCUGUUUUUGCUGUGGCUCGGUUGGUUGGGAGCAGCCACUGGAGUGCCGGGAGAGCUAACCGAUGUUGUCCAGGCCACAGGUGGGUCCUGCAGAUGGGAGAGGAUAGCGGAAGGCAAGAGACAGAGGUUGAUGGGGAUGGAUGUCAGAUAUAGCGGUGGAUGGGCAGGCGAGGACCACCAAGGUAGCAGUAACAAAGAGUGCCUCUGAGGAUGUGCAGGAUGCUGUUUCCUGACCACAGCUGGUAGCAUCUGGGAAUAGUAAGCAGGCAAGCUUCCAGCUGCUAACUGGAAAGGUCCAUGGCACCUGAAUUUGCUUGUUUUCAUCCUCCUUUCCUUUGCUGUUGCGUCUUCCAAAUUGAAAGCCUGUGUCAUUUAUUUAAAUCUGCGCUAUGCAGCACCUAGAAAAGCCUUAGGGGAUCAUUGUCACCAUUUGGCAAGGCUUCAGAUCAGAGAUUCUGCUGUUAAAGCAAGUAAUCAGUUGUGUGGAGCUGUGAUAUUGCUCAUGAGGCUAGGAAAGGGAAAGUUGACAUGGCUUGACGUUUGCCAGCACUGGCUACAGAGGCGAGAGGAGAAGGUAUUUUUGAUCUGGGGAAUGUGCCUUCAUACUGGGUAACAUGCAGAAAACAGCAUUUUUAGAAAAUCAAAGACUGGAACUGAGGGAAGUCGGGGGCUGGGAGAUGGGUCCCUGAAGACCUACCUAGUGCCAUGAAAACAGUCUUGGGUACUCAGAGGUCUCUUUAUAGACACCUUGGCUUUCAGAGGCGAGGCAGGAAGCAAUCAGGGAGAGGGCCUUUUGCGAUGUUGGCAUUUUGCUCAUGAAACACCCAGGCAAGGAAGUCUACCUGGUACCUUCACUGCUGAGUUUUAGGUGGGAGGUUAAGGCCAUGCCAUUUGCCUGAACUCUGAUUCACUUAAUGAGCUUGAAUGAAAGGUUGGACGAUGAUGACACAGGUGGUUUUACAGGGCUGGCCCAAAACAUUUCAUUGCCUCAGUAAAUGGCAGUAAAUGGUUCCUCUGCCUCCACCACCUCUCUGCCCGAAUCAAGGCCAACCAAGCUUAAAAUUCUACAAGCCCCUCUCCCUGCCAGUAAAGAUUACAACAAAUUAAAGAACUAACCGUUUGCUGCUUUUUCAUGUCACCCAGAACCAGCUGCCUGAGACAGCCGCCUCACUCUCUCUACUUGGCCCUAAAUGCUACUUUACCAUCUGUUUCUUUUCCUGUUUAAAUGACUGUUUUGCUUGUUGUUUUAUUGCUGCUUUAAGAUUUUUAAGAAUUAAUUUUCACUGUCUUAAAAGCUUGCUGCUGCUAUGCUUGUUUUAACUGGCUGUAUAUUAAAGGUGGUGGUUGUUUGCUCAAACUGUACGCUUAUCACUUUGGAAACAUUUUAAGUUGAAAAGUGUGUAAGAAAGGAAUAACAAAAAAUGAAAUGCUUGAUGUUUUCCUCCCAAAUCCCAGAGACCCAGGCGGUUCUUCUGCCCUGCACUUUUAACUACACACUGGCUUCUGACGAUUUGAAUCUGACUUGGCUUGGUCCGUCUGGGAAGGAACUCUCGCAUGUGCAUGUCAAGUAUAAACACUCAGAGGCAAAUCUGGGUGAAAAGUGGCGUCUGUUCAUUUACAGCAUCUCCAGGCAAGAUGGCAUAUGGUUUACCUGCAGCUGGAAUGGCAUCUCAGGAAAGAACCACACACUCACACGGACUGGUGAGUAGGUAUGGUGAGGGGAAAUUAAACUUGAAUUUGCAUAUUGUCUUUUUGGUGCCUACUGAAGACCUUCCUCUACCAAUAAGCCUUUUAAACAGAGAUCUUUCCCAGUCUAUAUCUGAAUUGAAAUGGUUUUUAGAUACAGUGGUAUUUUAAUUGUUUUAUCAUGGUUCAUUUGCUGCCCUGGGGUACUUUGGGAGGAAGUUGUGGGAUAUUCAAUCAAUCAAUCAAUCAAUCAAUUAAUAAUCAAUACUGCUACUAAUAAUAAUGGCGAACCAACCCAGCUUGCACUUUCUGAAACAAUUCAUGAACUGAAACACAACCUUCCUUUGAAAUUUACACUUCUCAGAAUAUCACAAUACUUUUCUCCAGCCAAGUAUUGAGAAGUGUGCAUUAAAAUGCAUGCAUUAGUGAAAACAGCAUUAAAAUUUGCAUUGUGUUUGGAGAUAUUGCUUUGCAAAAAAUGUGCAUGUUAAGAGAAAUUUGCUGGUGAGGAUUUUUUUAAAAAAUGUAUUUUUUGUGUGAUGUGGAAAUACGGAGAACUGAACUUCAGACUGGCAGAAUAAGAAACUGAGAGAAACCAGAUUCACUCAUCUCUACCAGUGAGCAGUUAAGAUGGCGGUAAAAAGCAGAAACCAGACUCUACAGAUACUAUUAUUAUUACCAUCACCUCUAAGAACUGCCAGGCCCCCAUGGCUGACAAACAGUGCAAAAGUCUGUACCUGCUACAGUUGCUCAUUUACUUGGCACAGAACCCCUGAAUGCUAUGCUGGAGAAACUGGUACAAUUGGAGGUUAUGUGACACACAACCACACUACACGGAGGGAGGGGAGCUGCAGACCUCUAGACAAAGUGGUGUUGGGACCUGUAACUGGAAGCAAGACGGGCUUGUUCAGCCGGAAUGAGCACAGCAUAAUGUGGGGGGUGGGGGUGGGGGGUGGGGUAGACAAGAGUGGGCAGGGCAGAUUGUCUGGGCUGAGAAACAAUGGGCUGGGUUGCUCAUCUGGGUCUGUUUACUACAGGUGAUGAUGAUGAUGGCGAUAAAGACCCUGAGGACAUUGAAGAGGAAGUGAAAGACAGCAUGAGAGAUGCUGGUUCGGGCAGUAACAGCAGCUUUUAUCCACCACAAGCCUGUGAGAUCACAUCCAAGUUGUAUUUCUACAUUUCACUAGGAAAUUGGGCGAGGGGUGGAUUACUCCUUCCCCCACCUCAUAAAGGCCUGGUGGGCUGUGGCUAAAGUACACCUACAUUUGUGGGGAAGGACUUCCGGGACUGUACGUUUUAAGGCUUUUUUUCUGUUUGGUUCCUGGUAGUUUUACUGGGGAUUUGGGGUGUGGGUGUGUUUGUGAAUGGGCUUUUAAUGACAAAAUUCUGGGUCCAAGGUCAGUGGGCGUAGGGAUGGGAGAACCAGUUUGUGGGGUUGCUCCAUGGGGAAGGUGGGGCAGAACUGGGGGAACUGACCCAGACACCCUGGGCUUGGGGGGGACGGACCCUGCAACUGGCACUGGUGGCCAUGGCUAGCAGCCUCACUCCCUGACUGGUCCUUCUGCCUCCUUCACACCUGACUAAUCUCUCAACCACCUUCCCUUUUGGAGCAAGGGAGGGAGAAGAGAGACAGAGGAAUGGGGGAGGAGGUGGUGAAUACAACACAGCAGGUUGUCUCCACCUAAGUUCUACUCCUCUGAAAAUCAAUACCACUGAAAUCAAUAGAUCUAAGGUAGUUAUUACAUAUACCUCACCCAACUGACUCAUUUGCCCCAGCUACUCUGAGUGCCUUCCAACCUAAUAGCAAGACAGGAAAACAUCAAACAUAAAAAGCUUCCCAAUGCAGGGCUGCCUUCAGAUGUCUUGGGAAAGUCCUAUAGUUGCUUAUCUCCUUGACAUUUGAUGGGAGGGGGUUCCACAGGGCAGGCGCCACUACUGAGGUGGUCCUCUGCCUGGUCCCCUGUAACUUCACUCCUUGUAGUGAGGGAACUGCCAGAAGGCCCUCGGAGCUGGACCUCAGUAUACAAAUAGCAGACAGGUCUUACAGAGCCUGCUCCAUUAAAAGUCCGCGAGUACUUGGUAACUGUCAGGGAACUGCCAUCGGCUCAGAGGCGAGAGAUAGAGGGGCAGGUGUGCUACAGGGAACCUCCAAAAUUCUUGUAAAGCAGUUCCUCUUCCAGCGAGGAGGGAAGCCCCACCUCCAGUGGGAAAGAGGUGCAAGGACCAGAGGAUGCUAGUAAGAGCCUUAACACCGCGCCUGAGCAAGGAGGGAGGUGACGAAACUUUUAUGUUGGGGGAGGUACAAAAACAGACCACUCCCGGAUUCUGCUAGCGAUUGAGCCAGACAUGAACUUGUGACGCUCUUCACUGUAAAUAGUUUGCAUCAAAAUAAAGCCUGUAAAAGACAGGUCGGAAUCCUGCCUGGUUACUCUGGAGCAACCGCAACAGCAUCUGACAGUAACCCUUCAAAUUAAGGGCAAAAAGCUGGUGGGCGGGGUGUGACAGGGAGGAAAGUUUUUGCCUGGCACCUUUCAAUGGGUCAAUAUUAACUUCAGUGAGAGUGGAUAGGAAGCAGUUAGUGUGUAGCUUGCUCUGUCAGUCCCUUCUCAGCUCUGGAGCAAGGAAGGCCCCACGGCUCACCAUGUAGUUCCACAUCCUGUUGGAAUUUGGGAGUCCCCACCCCGCUCAAAGACUCAGAUGGUUUUCUUCCUCUCUGACAGCAGUGGCACCCAGGGCCUUGCAUUCCUUCGAUUGGUUCUUACAAGCCUAAUAGCAGACGUUCCGCUGUGUGGCUCUCUCCUGAAGUUUCACAAGCUGGUAUUGGGUAAUGUCGGAUGCUUUUCAGCUGAAGGAUUUUGCAAAACCCAAGAUGAUGGCAUCUGGGCCCACAUAUUCAGUUUACAUAUUGCUUCCUUAAAAAUGUAUCGCUAAGGCUUACCCCUCUGCAUCAUUUUUUUUUUUUUAGCCAGAAUUUUAAAAUCAUUUUUGAAAUUUUGGAAAACAUCAGCCGUUAAAAAAUAUUUAAAAAUUGCAGAAAACUGUGUUUCAGCUCAACUUCUCACUACCCUCUUCUGUAGGGCGCCAGGCCGACUCCCCACAUCCUGCAAAUGGUAUGGAAUCUUUUCCCUGUGAUGCCCCAAUACCCAGGAACUGGACCAAUGGGACUCUCCUCUGGAUUCAGCACGAUUCAAUGGGCAAAAAGACUGUGCUGGUGACUGUGUCGCUGUGGCGCUCUGUCACUAACCACUUGCUGUUGAUGAGGACCAAUGACAUCAUUCUGAUGCUGCCAUCGGUGACAUCCACAGAUGCUGGGAACUACACCUGUCAGUGGAAGGAUCAGGCCCACCAUUUUCAGCUGGAGGUGGCAGCAAAGCCAGGUGGGUGAAGACGAACAGGGGUACAAGUUUGUAUGCAUUUGAAAUGUGGAUCGUCUUUGCAAAGUCCAAAUCUCCAGUUUCAGAUCCGAAAUGUUUCCAAAUUUUAAUUUUUUCCAGUGCAAUGUUGAUGAUGUUUUUAAAAAUAAACACCACUAUGGAAUAUUUACUUUGAAAUAUGGGGGCAGCGGGAUCUAUAUACAUACACACACACAUACAUAAACAAAUAGGAAGCCUCGAAGGGCUCGCCCACACUUCCCUUUUGUCCCAUGAGUUCUUCAGUUUGUUCCGUGAUUUCCAGGCAUGGGUCCGAGAGGUUUUUCUUUUGUCCCACCACUACCCCCAGGAAAACUCUGUUUACUGCUGAAUGUCAAUCAAAUGUCAAUCUGCAGAAAACCCAAUUGAUGUUUGUUCUGAUUCAGCAGUAAACAGUGAGUUUUCCUGGGGGAAGUGGCAGGACAAAAGAAAAACCUCUCGGACCCAUGCCUGGAAAUCAUGGGACAAACCCAAGUGUGGAUGAGCCCCAAGUUCUAAAGUGGGGAAAGUUCUGCAACCAAAAUAAAUAAUAAUUCCAUAUUUGCACACUUAAGGUAAAGGUAAAGGGACCCCUGACCAUUAGGUCCAGUCGUGACCGACUCUGGGGUUGCGGUGCUCAUCUCGCUUUAUUGGCCAAGGGAGCUGGCGUACAGCUUCCAGGUCAUGUGGCCAGCAUGACUAAGCCGCUUCUGGCGAACCAGGGAAGCGCACGGAAACACCGUUUACCUUCCCUCCCGAGUGGUACCUAUUUAUCUACUUGCACUUUGACGUGCUUUUGAACUGCUAGGUUGGCAGGAGCAGGGACCGAACAACAGGAGCUCACCCCAUUGCAGGGAUUCGAACCGCUGACCUUCUGAUCGGCAAGUCCUAGGCUCUGUGGUUUAACCCACAGCGCCACCCACAUCCCUUAUUUGCACAUUUACUAGUUUACAAACCCUUCUUCCCUCUGGUGUGCACAGCAAUGUGCCGUUGCGACUUGAAACAUAGUGGUGGGACAGGGGGAAUGGCAUUGCUGCGUUGUAGUCAUUGAUGCUUCCUGCAACACAUGUAUGUUUUACCUAAUAACAGAGUAAGCCUGCUUCAUGCUUCAGAAAUACUGUAUUUCCUUGAAUGUAAUGCACACCUUUUUUGGACAGAUUAUGUCAUGGAAAUUAGGGUGCACAUUAGAUUUGAUGGUGCAUUAGAUUCACGGUAUUGGUUCUAUCCAUCUACAGGUUUAAACUGGCAGUUGAAUCAAUUGAAACUUGUAGGAUGAAUAGCUAAAAUUGAGUUGCAGCCAUAAUAAAGACAUGCAUAUAAAUAGAGAUUCCAGUUAAUUGUUUUCUUUCUUCUUCCCCCACAAGCUGCUUGGCUACAAUUAGGAGCCCAACACUGGAUAAUCUGGACUGCGACCUUGGUACAUAUGAUUGCCUGCCUUGGUUGCCUUUUCUGUUUCCUGUGGCUCCGGCGAGGUAAGUACAGGAACAAAGGCAAGAUCAAGCACAGAAGUGGGUAGCCAAAUUCUUCUGGCAACUCAUCUUCCUGGUCUUGUAGCUUAACAGUAAUUCUUCCGAUGUAAAUACAUAUUCUGCCCUUUUAAGCAGCAUGUUAACCCAACAAUAACUUCAUGCUGAGAGGGUUUGCCCUGGAAAGGGGCUGAGGAAAUAAAUGUGGAAUGGUUGCUGUGGCAGGUGUCAUUACAAUGAGCAACUUGUAAAAGGAUUGUGUGGUGGCGGAUUGUGAUAUACGACUCUUGUGUGAUUGUUAAUAUUCUGUUGAUCUGAAAUGAAAUUUGAAUUGUCUUUUUUUAAAAACAACAACAACAUAAUAGAGCAAGAAUGGGGAGCCUGCCCCCAUGUCUCCAAACCUCCCUUGUCUGUCCAGCCUCUUCCUAACAACAACACACAUCCCCUCCUUUCUCUAGGCCCUAUUGAGUUUCCUCUAGUUUUUUUUGGCCCCUGAAAAUGAUUAUUGUGCUCCCCAGAUUUAUCGUUUUAAAAUAAAUAAACUAUUGAGCACUCUUACAUGUCCCUCACUGUAUUCUCCCAAUUCUGUUUGUUUGUUUGUUUGUUUGUUUAAAAAAUGUUUUUACUGACUGAUCCCAUAAACCCAUUACUGUGAUGCCAAAGGUUUUUUUGUGGCUCCCCUCCCUGAUUAAUUCUUCUUCUUCUUCUUCUUCUUCUUCUUCUUCUUCUUCUUCUUCUUCUUCUUCUUCAACUGAAUUUAGUGAUUAAUAAUACAGUGAUUUAAAACACUGUAGAAUUAUGUGACAGGAAAGUGUUUUGCAAGACAGCAUUGACAAAGGGCGCUAACCAUAGGUUAACACAGUCCUCAAGCCAAAAAAAGUUAGGCACCUCUGGUACAACACUUACACUGUUUAUUAGCAGCCUAAAACUAGUAGCUCCCUUUGAAUAAUAUUUGCAAACAGCAGUUCAGCUACAGUAAAAUAAGAGCUCUCCUGUGACAACCCAGGUAUUUAGCCUAUCUGAUGUUAUUAAUGUAGACCAAUAUGUCACAGUGGCUGCACGGGAAAGGAUUUUUUUUAUUUAAUGUGUUCCCCUUCUAUCCUUCUCAUUUCAGCCAUUCGUGUUCGUAGGCAGAUGAAGCUGAAGGGUCCUGUCCGGAGGUAAGUAGUGGUGUAGGGAAGAGUGCAAGAGCAUUAGUAGGCAGACCAUGGGUAAUAAAUAACCUGUGGAGGGAGAAUCUGGGAGGGUGGUCUCUCUCCCCACAAGACAGCACUGGAGAAGAGGGGAUCUCUGGAUAACCCCUCUGGAACCAGAGGUGGGAUGUGGGGUAUGGGAAGAAUAAAUGAGGGCCGGAUUAAGACCUUUAGAGGCCCGAACCCUGAAAAAAUUAUGGUGCUCCCCUGUGUUAUUCAAAAUGAAAGCAAAUACUAAACCAUAAAAUAAGAAAUUAAAACAAAACAAAACAAAACAUACAUUGCAACACAUGGCAGGAUCUGAUUUCAUCUCAUCAUUUCCAUCUACUUUAGAAGGGUGCCUCCUGGUUUAGGUUGGGAUAAGUCAUAAAAAGAGAACAGGGAAACAGGGAAAGAGUAUGUAAGUGGAGUGUAAGGAAGUCUAACAAAGUUCUGUUUUCUCGCAUGACGACUACUUCAAUGUUUUAUUGAAAUAUAAAAUGUCAAUUUCUAUUUAAAAAAACCCAAAAAACACCAAAUUUCUUUUGUGUGUGUGUCCCUGCUUUGCUGGUAUCCUAAAUGCAUGGCUAGGCUACUAAGGUUACCAUAUUUUUAUGUAAGGUUACCAGAUUUUUUUCAAUGAAUCUGGGGACACUUUUCAACUUCAAUGGAUUUUCUAUGGGGACUGAUUUGUAAAUCCAGGGGAAACGGGGACGUCUGAUAACCUUAGCCUAGGGCUUAUCCACACUUGCAUUUACUCAUCUCUUUCUAGGCAUGAUCUGUGAUUUAAAGCUCCUUGUUCGAGCGCCCUUUUUGUUGUUGUUGUUGCUCUGGAGCAAAUGGAUGUUUGCUCCGAGUUUCAAAGAGCGGGGUUUUGUAGGGAAAAUGCGGGGCAAAAACAAACAAAGACACAAAAUGCCCAAACACAGAGCGUUAAAGCGCAGAGUUCUGCCUGGAAAGAGUGGAGUAAAAAGAUAAGUGUGAAGAAGUCCUUAGUCUGCCUAUUGGGUAAUCUGGUACUGGACUAAGCAUCUCUGAGAAGCUGGGAUGGGAGGUGGCAAAUUAUGUCUGAGGGUAAUGGGCAUUUGAAACCUUGGGUGCAUCUCUUGCACUGGCUGUGGUGCCACCUACUUGCAGAUAUAUUUUUAUUCUGGGCCUUUUCCUUACCCAUCAACAGACUUUCCAAGGUCCAGUAGUUCCGUCUGGUAAUUGUAGGCUCCAGACUUAAUACGUUGUGUUUGUUUCGGGGGUGGCUUUGGAAGGUUGAUGUUUAUUACAGUGGUACCUCAGGUUAAGAACUUAAUUCGUUCUGGAGGUCCAUUCUUAACCUGAAACUAUUCUUAACCUGAGGUACCACUUUAGCUAAUGGGGCCUCCCGCUGCACUCCCGAUUUCUGUUCUCAUCCUGAAGCAAAGUUCUUAACCUGAGGUACUAUUUCUGGGUUAGCGGAGUCUGUAACCUGAAGCGUCUGAAACCCGAGGUACUAUACUUCACUUGCUUCAGCGUGUGAAAGCCAGCUGUGCUGCAUUUGGGGACCCUUUUGCUCAUUCUGCUAUGUGGGGGCUCUGGACAUUUGCCCUGAGCCCUGCCCUGAUGGUACCACUGCCAUGUCCAGCCAUUUUUGCCACCAGAUGUUCCACUGGGCUCUCCAUGGGAUGAUCAGACUUCCAUGGGGAUCUCAGCUGCAUUCCUAGCACAUUGAUGGUGGUACCCAACAAUCUUUUCCAAGUGAAGUUGGCACGAAGCCUGUGUUGUCGGUUUAUCUAUUUACUGCAUGUUCGUGGUUUUUUAAAAAUAAUAUAUAUCCUGCCUUUGGGCCCAAUAAGGAUUUUCGAGGCAACAUGCAUUGAAUUCAUAGUUUGGUGUCGUUCAUUAUUUUACUGUUCUGUGGUUUCUAGAAGGUAUUUCUGUGCCAAGAGGAACAGGCCACGUGCUUCCAAUGGGGUUCUGGUGGGACCCGCAGCAAAUGAAGAUGGUGAGUUAAUGAGUUAAUGACUUACUACCCUAACCCCGCCCCCUUCAUUCCUUGAGCUUCUGGGCGGGAAUCUGUCUUCUUGUGAGGGAAAGUAGAAGUGGCGCCAGAACAACAUUAUUUGACUUUUUUUAAAAAAAAUAAUUGUUUAUUUAUUUUUCCAAUACAACAUUAUAAAAAUCCAUAUAUAUCUCCAUAUACAGAGAUUUCUCCGAAUCUCAUGACUUCCACCCCCCCCCCAGAGCUCCAUUUUAAACAUUUAAAACUGCAUCUUCUUCCAAACUCUUAACUCUUAUAUCAAUCCAUAUUGUCCAUGGUAAUGGUUACACUACAAGUGAAAUAAAAAUCCUGCCAGUGUUUCCAUCUGCUUAAAGUGGUCUCUUAGAUAACUUAUAAUCCCCCCCCCCCCGUUCUUUUGUAAAAAUUUUGUCCUCUUGGUUCCUGAGUUUUCCAGUCAGCUUUGCCAUUUCGGCAUAGUGCAACAGCUUGGUUUGCCAAUCCUCUCUGGUAGGGACCUUGUCUUCUGUCCAUCUCUGGGCUAGGAGCAUCUGAGCGGCUGUUGUUCCGUACAUAAAAAGUCUUUUCUGGUCCUUUGGGGUGUCUUUGACUUAUUUAUUAAUUAACUAUUGCUACUACUGUUGAAGGGACGUGGGUGGCGCUGUGGGUUAAAACACAGAGCCUAGGACUUGCCGAUCAGAAGGUCGGCGGUUCGAAUCCCCGCAACGGGGUGAGCUCCCGUUGCUCGGUCCCUGCUCUUGCCAACCUAGCAGUUCGAAAGCACAUCAAAAUGCAAGUAGAUAAAUAGGUACCGCUCCGGCGGGAAGGUAAACGGCGUUUCCGUGUGCUGCUCUGGUUCGUCAGAAGCGGCUUAGUCAUGCUGGCCACAUGACCCGGAAGCUGUACGCCGGCUCCCUCGGCCAAUAAAGCGAGAUGAGCGCCGCAACCCCAGAGUCGGUCACGACUGGACCUAAUGGUCAGGGCCCCCUUUACCUUACUACUGUUGAAAGACCUGGUUUACCCAGAGAUGGCCAGGUAUAGCAAUUGAGAAACUGGUGGUACCCUAAACUAACAGUUUUAUUAUGGCCAAAAACUUUUGUUCACAAGAGUCUGCUUCAAUUGAGAUUGAUGUGCAUUAUGUUAGUCUUGGGAGGCAGCAGGCUUUACAUGGCUACCUCUGUAAGUUGUCACCUAGGUGGGUGGGUGGAUGGGAAUUGUAUCUAGAUGGAGCAUGUGUUUUUACCCUCACCCUCCCACAGUCUGUGAGCGGGUGGAUGCCUACGAGAAUGUGUUGCCAGACGGGGGUCCAAGGCGUAGCUGUCAGCUGCUUCAGAAAGGAAAGAUCCUACCCAAUACCACCAACAUGGAAGGUAUGUUUGGGGCGGGGGAAGAGGUGGAAGGUUGUUUGUAGUCAGAGGAGAAACAGAAUUAUGAAGGAGGAGUGAACAUUUGCAUAAAGUGCAUAGAUCAUGGAAUGGCUAUUAGGGGAUGGGGAAAUCAUUUAGUUCCGUUCAUAGCUGCACUCUCUGAAACAACACAUAAACCAGAAUGCAGUAUAUGAGGUUUGAAAUAUGCAUUUCUCUAAAUUUUGUGGUAAAGUCUCCAACUAAACAAAUGUGUGCAAAAUAUGUGUAUUAGAGGAAAGAAGACAUCAAGAUGCAUAUAUCUGUGAAAAAUGUGUAUAUUAGGAAAAAUGCACACUAAAUUACUAAUGAAUUUACAGGAGGGCUUUUAAAAAGGAAAUUCACAAACUGAUGCAGAAGUGCAGCAAAAUGAGCCUAAGACUGGAAAAAAGGGAAAACAAAAUCAACAGAUUUGUUCAUUCCUGUUACUGAAUAACAUCACAGGGCAAAUCUAAAAGUGUUGUUUACAAUCGGAAUUUAUUUCCCCCUUGAUUAAAGAAUGUACUUUUGUGACUGUACUAAAUUGCCCUUCACCAACUUAGUGAAUAUUUAGACUACAUGCUCUCAUCAACCCUCUAGGGUGAUCUAAAGGCACAAAAAUGCAUUCUUUAAUCAAGUGGGGAAUGGUUAUGUUUUGAUUUGCAUAAUGUUUCAGAAAGUGCAGGCUUGAUAGAUUUGGGUGUAAAUGCAUAGUGAAUCAAAUUUCUCCUAAUUGUGAGUCGAAGUCAGAACACAGGAGACAAAAUACACUGAAGCCUGAUACGGGUUUUCUUCAGUUACGCAUAAAGUAGGGAUGGGAGAUCAGGGGGUGGGGUCUUAUUUAAAGCAGAAAAUGUUUGUGCAUGCAGGGGAUUCUCAUGGGGCCAAAAUGACAAGAGGGGAGGGUUCAGUACCUCCCACCCACAUACCCCAUUCGUGCUUCAAAUCCCACAUCAGUGCUUGACAUCUGAUUGGAGCAAAUGUAUUUUUUUAAGAAACAGGCCUGCCACCAUCAUGCAUAAUUUGGUACACUGGGUUCAGGGCGUGACGCUAGUGUCACUAAGGUCACUGCAAGGAGUUCAAGCAUAGCAGGAGCAAAACAAAUGGAGGUGUUUUCAGACAGGAGGCUUAAACAGAAAUGGCUCCAAGCAUGAGGCCAUCUGAGGUGGAAGAUUUGGGUGCCAUUAAAUAGGGCAGAAUGGUGCAGGCAGAUGUGGUCCGCAGAGCAUCGUAUACUCAAAUCUUCUCAUGAGCCCCUUUGAAAUGAACAUUGUCAUUCACUUGUUAGAUGUGUUCUGGAGGUUUUUGAACAUUUACAUGCAAAUUUCCUGUAACUGCGAGGGAAAAGUACAGCCAUAGUUACCGCAAGUGUGGACAAAAACCACCUGUGGGAGGCCUUCUCAAAAUGCAGAAGUUUUAGCACAGGAAACACAUAGAACUGUUUGAAGAGAAAGGAAAAGGACCCACUUCCUCCUCAUUUAAGAUGAAGAUUGCCAUGGUGAGCAUCUUGCCUCUGCCUGUAGUGUGCAAGGGGCAGGACAUAGAGGCUUUGCACAUACACAAUACACAGUUUGGGAAAAGAGCCAGCCCACAGCAGCACCAAGCUGAGCUCUUGGUGGCAGGGGUGGCAGUGUGCACAGCAAGCUCUACAUGCUGCCCCAAAGUGGGGCACAAUGCAUGGCUGCACAACUGGCCCCAGCAGCUUGAGGCUCUUUCACAGCAUCCCACAGCUGUGAUGCUGUGUUGCUCACUUUCACAUUCAGAGCACAGUUUUGCAAGGGGGUGGUCGUGGGUGGAAGAGGGAAGGAACUUUGGUCCAUUUCACAGAAAUAGCAGAUGAUGCAGUAACCUUCCUCCUGGACUGUUCUGCUUCAUACAAUCUCAUGGUUGAAUGAAUGCCCGUCAGAGAGGAAAACCCUGCACACAUAUAAUUAGCACAACGGGGGGGGGGGGGGGAGCUAAUGCUAGAGCUCUUCUCCCUGUCAGGCUAGUUGUCUAUGUGCAGGGAUGUUGUCCCCCCACUCCCACUUAAUCAGAUUUAAUAAUGCAAUCCCCCACUUGCAAUUUGAAGUGGCACACUUGAGGAACAGGUUUUUACCACCUCAUCCAAGCCUUUGUCUUACCAUGCUGGCGAAGCAGCACCCAACAGUAUUGAAACCUACCCAUCACCCAGUGUCAUCAGUUAAUUGGCAGGUGGCCAUUAUUUGGAAGAAAUAGUUUUGCAGGCUGAGACUGGCCUGCAGACUGGAGAUUACUUGCCUGUCCUAAACAUUUAUGGAGUCAACUAGAAGAGUGCAGUGAUUUCAGACCAGUAAGAUGAGUAGAGUAAUAUCGGUUUUUAUGUACAUCUCUCUCUCUCUCUCCCUCCUCUCACUCACCAGAUGAAGAUGAAGAAGAAUAUGAACAUCCAGACAGUGAAAUAGAGCUCAAGUCAGAUGGUAAGUGGUGUGGGGGCAUUGGGAUGAACUUGUGUGACUGCCAUGCAUUGCAGUCAACUGGGUGCCCAACAAACCCUUUGCUGAUUAACUCAGAUGGGCUGAAUAAAUAUGGCAGAGGCUACAGGUGGCUUACUUACUAUGUGCCUGGUAGGAAACAGCAUGUUGCUUGAGAGGGACAGCAUAAGAGGAUGGAAAAAGCAUAGGGGCUGCUACAGAUCCACAUCCUUCCGCACUUGCUGUGACACACACAGGGAGAGUGCAGGUUGUAGGCAUGGGUAUGGAACUCAGAAACAGCAUAGACCCCUGAACCUGUUUGUGACACCCACUUAGCUAUAACAGGUCCCCCAUAUGCUGCACUGUAUUGGGGAACUUGGUCCAGUUAGAGCGUAUGACGCACAACCCAAAGAAGCAGAGGAGUCACAGUCACCGAGUGACUGAUGGUUGCUGGGUGCUGUGUGACUGGAAGCAAAGUGGGCUGGUGGAGUGGGAGAAAGCACAGCAUAAAAUUUGGGAGAACAGAAUAUAAAUUGGGGUAUGGAAGAGAACAGGGCACCGUAGGCAGAGAGAAUGGGUGGGCCUAGUCAUCCAAAAAAUUUUUUUGCUUCAGAUGAUGACAACUACGAGAACACCCAGGAAGAAGUGAAACAGGGAGAGGCGGCUUUGAACGGUAAACAAUCCUUUCCUUACUUUCGACUCAUCAGUCUCCCACAUUUUAUGAGUAAAUGGAGAUAACCGAAACCUUUCAGCAUCUCAGGGAGGUGAGGAGGACUCUCUGUACAGCUGCCCAAGCAUGCUGGCCUUUGUUAGAGCAGGCGGCGGAGACUGUAGUGAUUUGUAGAGUUGCUUCAUAAUGUAAUGGAGUUUUAUUGAGAAUUAGGAGGUGUGUGUGUGUGUGAAAUGCCCAGUGAGGAAGACCUGGAACAAAUGAAUCCUGGAUUCAGAGGAGGAAAAGCAGACCGAUCACAGGAGCACUACCUUGGGAGUCCUUUCUCAGUGCAGAGAGGAAACCAUAUCUCCCUGAAUGGGCAGCUCAUUCUGGACUGUAACAGGCAGAAGGAGGGUCAUGGCCUGGGCGGAAAGGGGGUUGAUUUGGGAAAGGCCCAGAUUAAGAGGUCUGGUGGGCUGCAGUGGCAGAGGAAGGGGGUGGGGGGUGCUGGACGCCCCGGGUGUCAUCACUGAGGGUUUUUUUUUGACAAAAAUAUUAUGGUAGUUAAUAAUAAUAAUAGUAAGGCUCAUGAAAACUUUUUAGUUCAGUCAACAAUGCAGCAAAAUACAGCUGGCACCGGGCUCCGCACCGCGGGGCCUGCACUUACCAUGGGGCCUGCAGCGUGCCCGAGCCACACAUCUCUCUUGGGAGUGACGUAGUAGCUUGGGUGUCUGCAGGCUCCACGCUGCCUAAAAUGGCAGCGUGGAGCUUGUGUCUGCCCUCUUCCUCUCCCUCCGCCACCCUACAGCUGAGGAAGAGGCUGUGGAGAGGCCCUGCCUCCGUGGGCUGCUCGCCCCCCCCCCCCGCGCUGGCUGCAGGCUGCAUGGGCCAGACCUGGCACCCGAGCGGCCAGCUACACCGCUGGUGGGCCGGAUUAGUUGGAGGUCUGGUCCCCAUAUCUGAUCUAGUUUUAAUAAUGAUUUAUACUAAUAAUGAUUUAUUAUUUAUACCUCACCCAUCUGACUGGGUUUCCUAGGACUUUGAGUUGGGGGCUGUGUGGUGGUGACUGUGUGAGGUCAAAUUUUCCUUCUGUAUAAAGAUGUGGAAGAGGCUAGAAUGGGUGGGCUACUGUGCAUUUCCACAGUUCAGGAGAAAUAUCUCUCUCUAAUAUAUCUCUCGAGCAAUUGCAUCCAGCCCCGCCCCCCCAUCCAAAUACAAUGGUUCCAAAUAGAUAAUUCUCACUUUAAAGAUACUGAGCGUUGGUGAGAUGCCCAUAACGACAAAAUGAGUCUACUAACAGUAUGUGAACCACAGCAACCCCGUAGGCCUUGUUUCGUAAACUGCCCUAUAAUAAAUCAGGCCAUCAGCCUACCUCAGCCUUUGCCAUAACACAGAGGCAGAGCAUUUGCUUCCCAAGCAGAAGGCCCUGGGUUCAAUCUCCAGGCAAGGCUGGGUGAGACCCCCUGCAUGAAACACUGCCAAUCAGUGUAGAUAAUACUGAACUAGAUGGACCAAUGGUCUGACUCAAUGUAAGGCAGGUUCCUAUGUUCUUGUUCCAGCUUAGUGCCCUGCAGAUGGUUAGGACUUCACCUUCCCUCAGUUGGCCAGUGAUGGGGGAUGUAGUCUAAAACAUCUGAAGGUCGACAGGUUGACAAAAGCUGGUGUAUCCCUGGACACUGCAGUGCGACAGUGCAACGGCACUUUCCCCCCUGGCGCCAUUGGGCCCGCCCUCACUUAAAUAUAGUGCACCCACCUCACAGAACACCAAUUCCACGAAUUCCCACAAACUACCCCAGAUUAUCUUGUGGGGGACUUGUGUGAGGGGGAAAUUUGGAGUCUCAGGCAGGAUUUGAUCAAAUAAACAAAGAUUUUAUUUAACAAAGGAAGUUUAUGGCACAAGUGGGUAAAACAUAGGAUACUUCAGAUUAUAAUGUUACUUCACUUCAGUGCUUUCUCAGUUGUUGCACAGCUGUUGCCGCUUAAUACUUUGGUUCUUAAACAAGGUGGUACUUCCUGUCAAUUACACACCCCUUAGACAACCCUACUCCUGAAGUACUCCAAGUAACAGACUCAAGGGAUCACCACACCCCUCUUAACUGGUUUGGGAGUCUUCUCUUUUCGUAGAAGAAUCUCUCCCCUCCUGACUGGAAUGAGACCUAAGUAGACUGUAUCUUUCCAGCUUCUACUUCUCCUGGCUUACCCUCAGUCUCCCAGUUAAUUCCUGGCCUGUUACUCUUACAGGACACCACACACUGUCCUUCACCCUAAGAUCAGAGACUACUUUCUCUAGCUUGUGAUAUAUUCCUCAGAGUAGAUGUUUCUAUCCAGAACCAACUCUCUCUCCUCUCACUCCCUAUCUCCCUCCCUCCCUCCCAACCUAUUCUCCCAACCUACAAACUGUCUCUCAAAAUCUUCUCCUUUUCAACUCCCCCUCCUAGAACCCCGGCCAACCAUAAACUGCCAUUCGUUAACCAUGUGCUAGCAGGGAAAAGGAAAAAGAAAACACUUGGUGAACCAACCUACCCAGCAAAAAUAAACUUUUCCAUCACAUGCAGCAGCUAGCAGAAGCUCCCCAGGCUCUCAAGAAGAGGUUCUUCCUAGACAUGUUGCUGUCUUGGGAGUCUCUUUAAAGUUAAGGUUUCAGCAAGUGAACCUGGGGGUUUCUGCAUGCGACACAUGUGUGCUGUCCGCCACUGAGCUAUGGUUCUCCUUUCCCCACAUUCCAGACUUCAUUAAACAACAGCUGCUGUUCUUCCAUCCACAGAUCUAUCGCUUUAUGAAAACAGAAAGGACGAGACCAAGUCCGGCUCCCAGAAGUGGGACUCAGGUAUUUGGAAGUGCGGUGAGCUAUCCGUGUGGGGUGAGGGGUGGGUCAUGUCAGUCUGUUUACCUGAUCUUCUCACCAACGGCUUGCUUGUGACCCACAGCUGACCCAUUGUAUGCAAACAAUACUCAGCACUCCGUGAAGAACCUGGUCCAAGAUCCACUUGCUGAAGGUGCGGGAUCUGGGUGUGGAAGCAGAGACAGGGGCAGCCAGCUCACAAACACACGUGUGUGUGUGUGUGUGUGAAUGAAAAAGAAGACCAACUGUUUAGAAAAUCCAGUAUCCUUCAUUCAAGACACACUCUUCCUUAAAGGAGGCCGUCUGUACAGUUCCGGAAUUAUUCAAUAUGUUGAUCAGAACCUGGAAAUAUUGGGGCUGAAGCUGGAACCUUCCAAAUGCAAAGCAGAGUCUCUAAUCUGCUGCUGACUUUUGAACAGCUUUGUUUCUUAAUUUCAGAACUGUAAGGAUAAACUGAGCGUGUAACUCAAAGUGUGUUGGGGAAUAAAGGGGAGUGGAACAACCACACUUCCCUUGUAACUGUGUAAUCUGGGAAGUCGGUGCUAACUUGCAGAAUUUUGCUGAGAAAUGUGGAAGGGCACACGACUGCUGCAGUAGCUUUUCCUCCAUUGACUCAGCAGACUCCUUUUGUGGUUGAUUACUGCUUGCCAUGGCCACCCCUUUUAGCCAUCUUCCCUGUAGUAACUGGAAUCCAAGUGAUACCAGCAAAUUGCCAUGGGGACACUAUGAACCGUCUCCCUUCCCUUCCUUUCUAGCAUGGCUGUUGCCCUGAGUAAAAGCUGCCUGGGAGGAUUUGGAGAGUUUGCCCCAUAAAAAUAACACCCUCAGUACAUUUGCAACCACAACCCACUGCCAUUCAAUUCCUCUGGUGACGUUCAGUCUUUCUGUGUUUCCCCCUCACAGAUAGUGAAAACUAUGAGAACUUGGAAGAAGAGGUUUCUGUUUCCCCUGGUGCAGCCCGACUUAUAGCAGGUACUGGAUAGGAGCUUGGAGAGGGCAAAGAAUCGAGACCCUCUUUCCUGAAUCCUCCAAAUCAUCAUCAUCACCACCACCAUCAUCAUAAAUAAUAAUAAUAAUAAUAAUAAUAAUAAUAAUAAUAAUAAUAAUAAUUUGUAUCCUGCCCUCCCUGGCCAAGGCUGGGCUCAGAGCAGCUAACAUCAUAAAAACAACACAAUAAGCAUAAAAACAGACAUCAGUUAAUUAAAAUACAUCUUAAUACAUUGUUUGGGGACUACAUAGCCCCAGUUCAGACAGAGUGUAGCAAUUCCAAAUGGGGCUUGAUCAAUGCUGAAUACAUGGGCACAAUGACUGUGUAACAAUACUUCUGUAGAGGCAACCUGAUAUGACACUGGCCUUUGGUAUCUCUCUCUGUCCCCCAGACUUACGCAGGCAGCUGGCCCUGGACCCCCAUGUAGACAAGCAGGAUGGAUGCAGUGAGACAUCUACAGGUAAACAUUAAAAAACAGUUGCUCCUGCUAGUUAAACUCCAGCUCUGUUUAGCUGCCAUCCCACUUGGCAUAAUUUAUUCAGUCCCACUUGUGACAUUUCUGCUGCCCCUUCAGGCUCCCAGUCCUAUGAAGAAAUGAAUGGGUCCUUGUGCCCCACUUCAAGCAAGCUUCUCCAGCUUCAUUCCAACAUAAGCAACGAGGAAGGUGAGUGUCAUUUCCAAUAAUGCCCCGGAAUGCCCCAAUAAUAAUCUCUGGGGCGCUGUGGGAAAUUCAAAAUGCUGAUUCACAGUCACAUGCCACCCAACCCUGGCAAGCAUCAAUGGGACAGAACUCCUGUGAGCAACUUAAGAGGGAAAUAGAAUCUAGCAAUUUGGAAAGAAAAACUCCCAGGAUCUCCAGACAGGGUUAGCAUCAGGGGUAGGAGAGCUGACGCCCAAGUCUUCCAGCUUUGUUCUUUCAUAUAUUCAAUGCUGUUGGUCAGUAGACGUUAGGAACGACCUCUGAGGAUUGUUCCUCCAAGCAAAAUGGGAGAUGCCGUUUUCUAAUCCCUAUUAUACCAGUUGAUUAGAGUGGCUGGGCACAUGACGGGAAGAAAUCCAGCAGAUCAAGUUUUCCUAAUCAUUCUCCUUAUAAAUUAGGGAAAGCUACAUCUGUUGGGUUUUUUAUAGUCAGUCUUUUUAAAAAAAUGUUUGGCCAAUUAUCCUUAGUCCCAUAGGCCCCUGUUUAAGGAACUGGAAUUCAGGGUCGCUUCAUCUCUGACCAGCCCCCCUGCUCCUUGCAGAUGCCGAUUCCUAUGAAAAUAUGGAGAGCCCCAACAGUGUCAGUUCGCGGAAGGAAGGCAACAUGGAUUCAUGUGGAGAAGGUAGGUGGAUGGGAGUACAGGAUUGUGCUCUAGGAGAGUUGGGACACUUUCACUAGGCAUUGCCCAUGCACUUUCAAGCCUGUCUUUCCAUCCACAGGUCUAGAAGCUUGUAUUUAUAUAAAGGGCGUUUUUUUCCAGCCAGAACUCACUGUAACUCAGUUCCGGCACCUCUCAGGUGGGUGCCAUAGCCAUUAUAAGAGAACAAGGGAGGUGUUCAUGGUGAGUUCUGGCACCUCUUUUUCUAGAAAAAUAGCAUUGUGUGUGUGUGUGUGUGCGCACACACACACACACACACACACACACACACACUUAAAUAGAAGUUGAGACUCUCAAAUUGCUGGCUUCAAUAAUAGCAACUUCCACGUUUGCACAGAAUUCAUACAAGAAGUCCUGCUCAGAUUUUGACCAGGACCCAGGAUUUAUCUAACCUCUGCUUUCCUUUGUUUCUUUCACAGGCACUGCCUUUGGUCUCCCACGGCAACAUCACUCCAUACCUUUCGGGGUUGAUCUUAGAGGGGGGAUGCUGUGUUCAGACUAGAACGAGCCAAGGCGUUGGGGAGGCGGGCUCAAGAGCUUGAACCUUCGGCAAUUCCUUUCCUCUCUCAGCCAGGACGCAAUGUUUCUACCUAGAAACUGGGACCACAAAAACUAUUCUUCUCGUCUUGGCACUCCGGAUCCUCUGGGAGCAGAGGAGUGAGGGGUGCUUCCAGAAUGCUAGAAGAGGGGGUCCGGAGAUUGGAUUCCUGGGUUUGAUCUCCAGGACUAGGAGCAGUAUGGAGUCCUACACAUCUGAAAUGGAAGCAGAAAGACUGAGCUGGAGAUAUGCAAGCACAUUUUUUUAAAGAGUUGAAAGUAAAGAGAAGCCAUUUCUAGUGGAAGAAACACACCUUUCUUUUGUUCCACAAUUAUUACCUCCAGCCACACUUUGAAAUAAUACAAAAGCUGAUUUUGUUGGUGUUCUAGAGUGAUUAGGCUGAUGUGGAUCUGCACACACACAUUUUUAGCCAGAUGUAGAUAUUUCCUCAGAGAAUCAAGCUCUGGCGCAAUUGGUCCUUCUUUCCAGAAACCAGUUGUGCAAAGUCCUGACUGUUAAGCCCUUGUGACAAUCAUGAAGGUACCUCCUUCCUUUCAACCCAACUGGCUGUGCAGAGUGCUGAUUGGCUGACCCCUACAAUGAUUACAAAACCACACUCUCCUACCCUUGUCAAGCUGUCCAAUGCAUCAUCUGUUUCAGAAUUGGUGUAUUGGUCAGGAAUAGUCUAACAUUUCAAAAUUCUGUAAGCAGUGCCUAUCCAUAUGGCUCCAUUUUUUAUUAUUAUUGCACACUAUUACAAUGGAUGUUGCCCCAGAGCAGAAAAAAAGACACUGCUACCUAUAUAGGUAGUUCCACCAGAGCAGAAAACAAGACAUUGUCACCUAUAUCUGAAUGUAGCCUUCCAUGGACAAAAGUGGAACGAGCACAUACAAUGAGCAACCUCUCUUUCAAACCACCUUCAGCUCUGGGCGGGGGUACACACAAUUGUCUGUUUCUAGCCUUAAUUCACCAUUGAUUUCAUUGUGAGUUGAUGCAUACUUGUAUUUUCAUAUGGGGAAAGGUAGGCAUUGUCGGGGGUGGGUACUUUGUGUCUCACACGAUGUCUCACACAGCCUACCAUCUUACUUUGCCAUUUCUCCUGCUGCCAUAUCCUGUAAAAUAAAACUGAAAUUCUAUAAUAAACUUCAGUAUUGUGGGC